CACUCUACGUAAUUCCCACUCAGAUCAGCUGUCGCAAAGGUGGGACGGCGCACGGCGCAGUCUAGUCAUUUAAAGGUCUGUGCAGGGCUGUUUGUUGUUCCAAGUGCAAUAGUUUUUAUAUUGAAUUACGAUAAACGAGAAUAAGUGAAAUAAAAUGUCCACGAAAACACGAACGAAGCAGGACAAGAGUGGUGAAAUAAUUGCGUACAGCGAGGGGGCUGUGAGGAACAACGCAGCUGUUGUCGAGUACUGCAGGAUAUCCAUGGCUGCGAUGUCAGGGGGAACUGCUGGAUUACUGGGGCUCACGGGACUCUAUGGAUUCGGUUUCUACAUUUUUGCGGUCUUUGGUUUAUGGGCUUUAUUAUUGUUCAAAGCUGGAGGACAGUGGAAGAAAUAUUUCAUUAGUAGACACAGCCUGUUGACGAAUGGAUUUUUUGGAGGCCUUUUCACAUACGUACUCUUCUGGACAUUUUUAUAUGGAAUGGUACACGUCUAUUAAGCAUCCAGCAUCAUAGGGAGAAUUAUCAAUGGCAAUUCCAAAGUGCAUUUUGAAGAAUCAAAACGAUUCAUACUUGUUGAUACCCAAUCGUUUAUUUUCCACCAAUCACUAUCACUUGUGAGUCAUCUUUAUUAUUCUCUUCACAUUCUUAGUUCCAAUAAUUGAUAUUCAAUUAAGUGUGAAUGAAGAUUCAAUAAAUCAAAUCUAUUUAUAAUUCGUCAAAUAA